AUGUUCUGGUUAGUGUUGGCAAUCCUGAGUUUUUGCGCUUCGGCGUUCCCUGUGACCGUGCAGGUGCCUGCAAACGAGCGGUCGUGCUUCUACGUUCAGUCUGACCACGUCAACUCGAAGGCAUCGAUGUCGUUUGUCGUGCUGAGCGGCGGCUCCUUUGAUAUCGACGUGACGGUGCGACGGCCCAACGGCAACGUGGUCGAGCAGCUGUCCAAGAGCUCUGGAGACGAGAUUGCUUUCACUACCACCGAGGUCGGCGAGUACGAGCUGUGCUUUUACAACGAAAUGUCCACUUUUGCCGACAAGAAGGUCGAGUUUGACUUCAACAUCGACACCAGUGCCCUGCGCGCCGAGCUGCCUAAGGCUAUUGAUCUUGGCGCCAACGACGACGUCGAGCGUCAUAUCGACAACCUCGAUGCUCGUUUCGCGGAGCUUUCCCGCUCUCUCCAGUACUACAAGGCCCGUAUUACCCGUAACCAGAGCACGGUCAGCUCUACCCACGAACGUGUUUGGUGGUUCUCUCUCAUCGAGCUUGGCCUGGUGGUUGCCAUGGCUGUUCUUAAUGUCACGGUUGUGCAACUCUUCUUCAAGGGGUCGCGUAAGACUCUGGUUUAA